AUGUCGCAGACUCGCAUUCAGAGUCGACGCGAUGCACGCAAAUCGGAGGGACACGAGAAGGGAGCAAGAGUGUGGUUCCAAAACCGGAGAGCCAAGUUCCGCAAGCAGGAGAGGCUGAACCAGCAGAAGCAGUCGGCGUCCUCCUCGAGCUCGGGCUCGGACGCCGGUCUCACCACGUCACCCAUCAGCACCACGGCAGACUCGACGACGCACACCUCCAGUGCCAAGGACUCCAAGGACGUCAAGGUUAUGCUGCAGUCGCAAGACGUCAAGCACCUCAACGGCAAAGUCGUGGCCGCGGACAGCCCGUGCAGCCAGCAGCAGCCCCACAUGUCGCCGCCCAAGUGGAGCUCGAGCCCGUGUGGCCAGCCUUCGUGCCUCGGCCCUUACCCUUACGGCUCCGGCCUGACGGGCGUCGACACCAAGCCCAGCUUGUCUCCGCAGAUCUUCUGA